GGAAAAGUUGGGACGAGGUCACAAGCCAAGCCUACCGCAAUCUGUGGUAGUCGCCCUGCUAAGGAAGUGGCCAAGAGUUUGUGUGACACGAUUGUUGCACGCCCAGGGCGAGGGAGAAUCUGGCUCCCCGAGAUGUGUGGGAUGUGUCUGCUGUUGGCGUGAGGCAGAUAAAACCUGUAGUUUUGCUCUUCAGGUCCUGACAAGAUCAAAGCCCAGCCUUCAACGCUCCAUUUAAAAGGGGUGUGUUUGUAACACGGGGAUAUAAACACUUCUUGUGCUGGGACUGUCAUUUUUUAAGGCACAAAGCUGUUGAUGCCAGUCGUCUCGGGUAAGCCACGCCACCUACCUAAAAUGGGGUUUAAGGGUGGGGAGAGGGUUUCCUGCGAACUUUGUGGUGGGUUGCUAACAGUCUGGCUAAUUCAGCCUGGUGAUUUUCACGCAGGAUCGCUUACUCCGCAGCAAAGGAACCAUCCAAAUUUACCCAGCCAUUUGCAUUUUGUUAUUUUUCUCUCUGAUUCAUAGAGUACAAUAUUAGAGUAAUCUCGAUUAAUUCUUUGAGCCAUAGCUGUCAACUUUCAGAUUUGAAAAUAAGGGAUCAGCAGCCUCACCUGUCCUGGGGAUAGUUUACGGGAUAUCCAACAAUCUGGGUUAGCAGCGGGAAACGGCGCUGGAAUAAGGGAAUUUCCUGCAAAAAAAGGGAAGGUUGACAGCUAUGCUUUGAGCGCAGGGUGAAAGAGCUGAGAUGCCAAGUUUUGCAUGCUCCCUCCCACAUUAAGAUCGCUGCUGAGAUUUGGACCAGCGGCUUCUAGUUUGUAGGUGAUGGGCUUAAUCACUGUUCUGUGUCAACUUUUGACAUGCGCGGAAAUGUUCUCCUUGAUGUAGAUCGUUCUGGUUUUCAGCUUUCACAGCAUUCAGAACACUUGGGCAACGUGUACCGCAGAAGAGAGGGAGAACAGCACAGGGAUAUAAGUCCUAAAAACAGGACAUACGAGUGGGAUCUGCAACAAAAUGUUGCAGGGUAGCCUCACCUAACAGGAAUGCUCUGUUUGGGGUUCCACCAUCCAGCUAUGCCGUUCUCUAGGGUGGAAUCUUUCACCCCACCCACCCCCAAUUUCUGUUUUUGUUAUUUAUAGCUUAUUAGGGUUUUCAGCAUUGUUUACAAUUUACAAGCACAGUGUGCAAACAGACAAUUUUACUUUAACCAUGACUCCUGAGCAAGCUUGGUCCUCACCCAUCCCAAUUUAAAAUAAUAAUAAUAAUGCAAACUUCGUGUUCCUCUGAGCGUGCUUAUACCACCCUUCUGCUUCUCGGUGGUGCUAUUUUAGAUACAGUUUUGUCGGCACCCACCCCACCCUGAGUUUGGUAUUAGAGGGAGUGAUUACGUUUGUGUAUCAUUUUAGCGAAAGAAGCUUAGGAAACCAGUAUCUUGAGCCUUUGUUAAAUGCAGGAAAUAUUUUUUUAAAACUUUAAAUAAUAAUAAUAAUAAUAAUUUUGCUCUUUGGCUGCAGAGAAAUUAACCGAACCAACUAUAGUUCACUGCCACCUCAUUGAGAAGCUCUCUGCAUUGUUGUGUAGUUACUUGAAAGCGAAAGGAAGAGGGAGAGAGUGGGAAAAGAAUUGGUUCACACACACCCACAACUAUAAUUUCAAAUAGUAUAUUGGAAGUAGGGAUGGAAGAGAAACUCAACUCAGUUCGCAUUCAAAGGUGAAUCUAUCAAAUCUGCAUUUGAGAUUUGAACUGAAACUUAACCAUCCUUUUGAAAUUUGCAUGUAUCUGAAUUUUGCAAUGCACUCAUCCAACCGAUGUUUUACCCCCCCCCCCCCAAAAAAAAUAUAUAUUAGGGAAAGUCCUGCAUGAAAAUGAAUAUGCUCAUGAAAAUUGCUUGCCAGAAUGUGUUACAUUAGUCAAAGCUACCCCGAAAUGUGUGUACUGGGAGAAAAUCAAUCUAAAACACUGAUGGAUUUUCAAGAGGGUUAUUUUUCUUAAUUGCAAACUUGCUGCUGGAAUGUGGAAAACUGAAUUUGUUAUUGGAAAAAUGGAAAACCGAGAGAACCAGUGCUGUUAUCGUCAUUAUUACAACAGUUAAAACACAACGAUAGAGCGUUCGAUCCCUGAUGGGAGAGGAAGACUUAGGUGCCUGGUGGUGGGAGCACUUAGUAACUUCAGUUUGGUCUUCCUUUCUGCUGUUUUACAAACCCAUUGCCUGCCUCUUUUUUUUUUUUAAAAUAAUAUUUAUUAAAGUUUCAAAGGAAAAAAAAAUCACAUUAGUAAAGAAAAAAUUAACAAUGAAAAGAAAAAAUACAAAAGAAAAAAAGAAAAAACAAUUAAAAACAAUUUCAUCUUUUCCUCACUUCUUUUACGUUUACUUGUUUCCCGGACCUCCUCUUACCUCCCUCUUUUGUAUUCUAAUUAAAUAUGUUAAUCCAACAAUUCCUUUCCCUCCUUUUUAAUCCUAAUCUUUAAUCUUGAUAUAUUGUAACUUUAAAUUUUACAUUUUACAUAUUAAAAACCAAUUUUUCCAUAUUCUUUUGUGCCUGUACAGCUAGAAACCACUUAACUUCAAUCCAACAUCAUUCUAACAUUCAUUAAUUUUGCAAUAUUUCUGUAAAUAGUCUUUGAAUUUCUUCCAAUCUUCUUCCACCGACUCUUCUCCCUGGUCACGGAUUCUGCCAGUCAUUUCCGCCAAUUCCAUGUAGUCCAUCAUUUUCAUCUGCCAUUCCUCCAGUGUGGGUAGAUCUUGUGUCUUCCAAUACUUUGCAAUGAGUAUUCUUGCUGCUGUUGUAGCAUACCCAUUGCCUGCCUCAUGCUUGACUCUGAGCCUCUGGGACAGGGAACCAAGUGGGAGUUUGGGGCAUACUAAUCCUGCAGUCAUUAGGUUUAUUACUUGAUGACCUGUUUCAAACUACCAUAAGUUGCCUCGCCAGGCUUUCUUGGCGCCCUCGGGUGAGAACCAGCCAAGGUGGAUAGUGCCAAGAAGAUGGCUUGGUUUACUCACACACCCAAAUUGGCAUGUUGGAAACUCAAGCAGGGUGAGGAAUCUGCUGCUCAUCCAGGGAAGUAGUCAGGUCAUUGCUCAUGAACUUAUCCGGCUCGAAACCUAACACACAUUUCCCGAGUCAGUGGAAAGUAGCCAAGAGCAUCGGUGCAGUAAAUAUUGUUUUGGGGCAUGUGCUCAGCAUGAGGUUGAGUUGGGUUUACCUGUGCAGCCACGUAACCUGCAUUUUCUGCGGUUGUGUGAAUGUGUCCUAGGAAUAUUUUACGUCACUUAUAUAGUUUACAGUGGUACCUCAGGUUAAGUACUUAAUUUGUUCUGGAGGUCCGUUCUUUACCUGAAACUGUUCUUAACCUGAAGCACCACUUUAGCUAAUAGGGCCUCCUGCUGCUGCCGCACUGCUGGAGCACAAUUUCUGUUCUUAUCCUGAAGCAAAGUUCUUAACCUGAAGCACCAUUUCUGGGUUAGCAGAGUCUGUAACCUGAAGCUUAUGUAACCUGAAGCAUAUGUAACCCGAGGUACCACUGUACUUCAAAAAGGCUCUGUUCCACACACAAAAAAUGCCACAACAAAUUUGUUAAAAGGCUAUGGAUAAAUAUGAUACAUUUUUUGGUGUGUAGUGGCUUGGGGGGGGAAGUAUAGUCGUACCUCGGAAGUCGAACGGAAUCCGUUCCGGAAGUCCGUUUGACUUCCAAAACGUUUGGAAACCAAAGCACGGCUUCUGAUUGGCUGCAGGAAGCUCCUGCAGCCCAUUAGAAGCUGCAGAAGCCCCAUUGGACAUUCGGCUUCCAAAAAUAGUUUGCAAACCAGAACAGUCACUUCCGGGUUUGUGGCUUUUGGGAGCCAAAACGUUCGAGAAGUAAGCUGUUUGAAAACCAAGGUACGACUGUAGUUCUGUUAUAGCCCUCUGAAUCAAGGGAGACAUGGUUGUCUGAAUGCUUCACUACCGUGAUCAUAUCCCAAUUUCUGCUUCUUGUGACAUGCCCGUGUUCUCCCACGCAAGGUGCUUACAUUUUCCAAAACUUAAAAGGGGUGCAAUAAAUUGGGUUCUGCGUUUGCAUCUGUUGACCCAAAGCAAGGGGUGGGGGAUGGCAUUCGGCCUCACUUCUUUCCACCUAGAAAUUAACUGGAGUCCUGAGUUCAGGGGUGCCACGCGGCUAACAUUGGUAAUGUAAUAGGUGAAACUGGCUCUGAUAUGUUGAGCCUUCAACAUCUGCGAAAGAGUAGGUUGGUUUCUUCCUUGGAGCCCUAAGCUUAUUGGGUUGUAAAUCUACAUGGCUUUGCAAACAACAUACAUUUAAAGCAGCGUCUGCCCCAAAGAAUCAUGGGAAUUAUAGUUUGCUAAGGGACGCGGGUGGCGCUGUGGGUUAAACCACAGAGCCUAGGACUUGCCGAUUAGAAGGUUGGCAGUUCGAAUCCCCGCAACGGGGUGAGUUCCCGUUGCUCGGUCCCAGCUCCUGCCGACCUACCAGUUCGAAAGCACGUCAAAGUGCAAGUAGAUAAAUAGGUACUGCUCCAGCGGGAAGGUAAACAGCGUUUCCAUGUGCUGCUCUGGUUCGCCUGAAGUGGCUUAGUCAUGCUGGCCACAUGACCCAGAAGCUGUACGCCAGCUUCCUCGGCCAAUAAAGCAAGAUGAGUGCUGCAACCCCAGAGUCGGCCAUGACUGGACCUAAUGGAUAAAGACCUUUAUCUUUAAGGGUGCUGGGAACUGUAGUUCUGUGCCAGGAGUAAGCUGCAGUUCCCAUUAUUCCUUUCUGGGAGGGGAGAGAUUUAAAGGUGCUUCAGAAGUGUGCUGUGUCUGUAGCCGAAGUGGCAACACAGAAGAUAUCCAGACUGUUUCAAUCCAAGCAUUGCAAUACAGGGGGAACGGGUUCACAUCUGUCACAAGGCUCAGAUCACCUUCCUCUCUGGUGAAAUGUAUUCGGCUGCAUCAUUGCUACAGGGUUAUUGCGGGCAGAAUCCUUUUAGAAAAUGGGAAGAUCAGCCAAGAGUGUGUACCAAGCGCAGCCUUUUGGUCUCCCCAAAAUGGCCAACCAGAUGUUCCAGGAAACUCUCAAGAAGGUGAUAGUGAGCCGUUUGCAACAGCUAGUAAGCCUUUACCUCCUUCCUGACUCCUAUGCAGUCCCCUCAAGAGGCAAUUUUGAACGAUUUGCUAGUCAUUACUUGACUACCCUUCCCCUCCCAUGCUCAGUAGUCUUAAUCAUAGGGCUGCCAGACGUCUGGAUUGUCCCAGACAUUACUGGGAUUUCAAAGGCAGGAUUGACGUCUGCAUCUUAGGCAAGUCAAUCAAAAAAAUCCUCUUUUUUUUUUUUUUUGCUCAACAAUAUAAGUGGUUUCUUUUGGGGGGGGAAACAACUUUCAGGGUGUUCUGGUCUUUACGUUUGGAAACAGAGCAACCCUACCUGAUCAUUAGAUAUAGCACAAAAGUGUCUCCCUGCCUGCGCCACAACCCUGCUGCUUCCUUGACAGCUCAGUAAUUUAGAUUUUUUAAAAAGCAGCAUAGCAUAAGAACAGAAUGACAGUGGUACCUCGGGUUAAGAACUUAAUUCGUUCCAGAGGUCCAUUCUUAACCUGAAACUGUUCUUAACAUGAAGCACCACUUUAGCUAAUGGGGCCUCCCGCUGCCACGGCACGAUUUCUGUUCUCAUCCUGAAGCAAUGUUCUUAACCCGAGGUAAUAUUUCUGGGUUAGCGGAGUUUGUAACCUGAAGUGUAUGUAACCUGAAGCAUAUGUAACCCGAGGUACCACUGUAUUAAAAUACAAUAACCUAUUAAACAUUAAAAGCUUCCCUAAACGGGGCUGUGAAGCAGAAGCUUAUACAGUGGUACCUCGGGUUACAUACGCUUCAGGUUACAUACGCUUCAGGUUACAGACUCCGCUAACCCAGAAAUAGUACCUCAGGUUAAGAACUUUGCUUCAGGAUGAGAACAGAAAUUGUGCUCCUGCGGCGUGGCAGCAGCAGGAGGCCCCAUUAGCUAAAGUGGUGCUUCAGGUUAAGAACAGUUUUCGGUUAAGAACGGACCUCCGGAACGAAUUAAGUACGUAACCCGAGGUACCACUGGCCUGUCAAGCCCAGCUUCCUGUUCUCACCCUUGUCCACAGGAAGCCUGUAAGCAGAUCCUGAGUGCGACAGCACUCUUCCAGGCAAGAUUGCUGGUUUUCAAAGGUGCGUUGCCUCCAAAUGUGGACGGAGGAGAGAGCCAUUGCAGGAGUGAGUACAUAGGUCUGUCCUGAAAUUUCCAGUGUUUCAUGAGAUGGCACAAAGCUUCGUUAGAUAGCAAAAAAAGUUCUAGCAUUAGGAAAGCAGGAGAGAAAAUAUGUGUCUCUCCACUUUCUAAAGGUAAAGGGACCCCUGACCAUUAGGUCCAGUCAUGGCCGACUUUGGGGUUGCAGCGCUCAUCUCGCUUUAUUGGCCGAGGGAGCCGGCAUACAGCUUUCGGGUCAUGCGGCCAGCAUGACUAAGCCGCUUCUGACGAACCAGAGCAGCGCACGGAAAUGCCGUUUACCUUCCCGCCGGAGCGGUACCUAUUUAUCUACUUGCACUUUGACGUGCUUUUGAACUGCUAGGUUGGCAGGAGCUGGGACUGAGCAACGGGAGCUGACCCCCUCACGGGGAUUCGAACCGCCAACCUUCUGAUCGGCAAGCCCUAGGCUCUGUGGUUUAACCCACAGCGCCACCCGCAUCCCCUUUCUACACACGCUUUGAUUUGGUCCCAAUAAUUGGACGCAGGGCCCAUCCUCGCCAGCUCUGCUAAAGGGAAGGCCCAACUGGCUCUUAGCUGUGAAACCAGCAAUUCUUUCGCAUCCACAUUUUAAAAAAUAAUUAUUUUAUUAUUUCUGUGCGUUGAGCCAUCCGAUCAGUAUUUGUGGGCUAGGAAUGGGUGAAACUGACCAUUUCAGUUUCUCUCAGUUUCCUGUUUCCUCGAGUUUGUGAUUUAUUUAUUUAUUUUUAAGCCAACAUGGACAUUCGCCAGCAUAUUAGUAUAAUUUUCUCAUAAUAUACAUAUUUUUGCAAUGUUAACAACAACAAAUUUUAUUUAUACCCCACCCUCCCCGGCCAGAGCCGGGCUCAGGAUGGCUAACACCAGUAAAAUUACAGUAAAAAUAUAAUAGGAAAAAAAUCCCAAUUUAAAAUACAGGUUCAAAUGCAAUUUAAAAUGCAGCCUCAUUUUAAAAGUAGCCCAUAGAUCAAAACCAUAAGGGAAGGGAAACAUGAGGGUCAGACUGAGUCCAAACCAAAGGCCAGGCGGAACAGCUCUGUCUUGCAGGCCCUGCGGAAAGAUGCCAAGUCCCGCAGGGCCCUAGUCUCUUGUGACAGAGCGUUCCACCAAGUUGGGGCCAGUACUGAAAAGGCCCUGUACCUAGUUGAGACCAAUCUAACCACCUUGUGUCCUGGGACCUCCAAAAUGUUCCCUAAAACAAUGCAUUUUUGCCUCUUAUUUCACUAAUAUAUGCAUUUCAAUGCACACUUUAGCAUUCACAUACUUGCACACGUUCCUCAGCCGAGAGCUGUGUUGCAAAAUUCAGAGAAGUGUGAAUUUUCAGAGGAUGACUGUGUUUUGAUUUGUGUAUUAGGUAGAUUUGCCUUUGCAUGAGAACUUAAUCAAAUUUCUCUCCCAUCAAUACUAUUGGCUUCACUUCAAUGAUAUGUUAAUUUGUGUGUCAUCUUGGCUGGUUGAUCUCUUUUUUUAAGUCCAUGGAAACUGUUUAGAUCUGGUAUGUUGACAGAAGAAAGUUUGAUGCAUGUACUGAAUGGAGAGGACAGUUUGAAAUGUAAUCUCAGUUUAUGGUACAAUGAGCCUAGAUGCUGCUGCAACAUAAAAUAUCUUAAUCCUGUCUGUCUACUGACAACGGAAAAAGACAACGACAGUUGGGUGGGAAUGGUGGCAAAGGUAACAACAGAUGAGGGCUUUUGCACUUUUGUACAUUUCAGUUACAAAUGGGUGUACAGUGGUAUCUCAGGUUACAUACGCUUCAGGUUACAUAUGCUUCAGGUUACAGACUCCGCUAACCCAGAAAUAUUACCUCAGGUUAAGAACUUUGCUUCAGGAUGAGAACAGAAAUCGUGCUCCAGCGGUGCGGCAGCAGCGGGAGACCCCAUUAGCCAAAGUGGUGCUUCAGGUUAAGAACAAUUUCAGGUUAAGAACAGACCUCCGGAACGAAUUAAGUACUUAACCUGAGGCACCACUGUAUUUCAGUUAGGGGUGAGGACUAAGGCCACAUUCACGCCAUACAUUGAAAGCAUUAUGAUACUACUUUAAACACUUGUGGCUUCCCCCCAAAGCAUUCUGGGAGCUGUAGUUUGUUAAAGGUACUGAGAGUUGUUAGGAGAUCCCUAUUCCCCUCACAGAGUAGUUUAGCAGUCCUCUUCUUUUCACAAGGAACUCUGGGAAUUGUGAGGGGAAUAGGGAUCUCCUAACAACUUUAACAAACCACAGCUCCCAGAAUUCCUUGAGGGAAGGCAAUAGUGUUUAAAGUAGUAUCAUAAUGCUUUCAAUGUAUGGCAUGAAUGCGGCUCUAUUUUCACCAAAAACAUAAGAUUAUUAUUUUUAGAAGGAUUUGGAGGAAGAGGGAGAAAAGUCGCCCCAUGCAGAUGCAUGCAAAGGUCUUUGUUUCCAUGUGAAAUUGGUACAAUCGAACCAAGAAAGUAAAUCUUUCCACUUUCCCUUCUCGCAGUGGAUACUUGGGCAACACCACUGUUUCUGACUCCCAUUUGCCAUGGGAGACGCUCCUGCAGAGGUUGCGAUGUCUGCCAGACAGCCCAGCGUGAACAAGAUAAUUGUGUACGACAAGGCCAAUUUUCAGGGGCUCAGCAAAGAGUUCACCUGUGACAUCCCUGACCUUCACGCCCUGGAUUUUGGUGAUUGCAUCUCCUCCCUGAAGGUGACUGGGCAGCCUUGGGUCGCCUACAAAGCCUCCAAGUUUGAGGGCGAUGGCUUUGCUUUUGAGGAAGGGGAUUACGCAGAGAUUGAUAAGAACAACAAAAUCUCCUCCCUCCGGCUGGUCCACUACGAUCUCUCCGACCCCCAGAUCACCCUCUACGAACUCCCCAACUAUGAGGGACAGAAGAAAGUGGUGAAGGAAGAAACCAACCUCACCUACGGCUACUUCAACGACCGGGUCUCUUCCCACGUGGUGCAGAGUGGCGCCUGGCUCCUGUAUAAGCACCCGAACCGUGGCGGGUGGUACCACAUCGCCUGGCCCGGGGAGCGUGUCCACGACUACAAAACAGAGCUCGACUUUGACGACAGCUUGUCCCACUUGCGCCCCCUGCAGGCCGGCCGCCCCAUCGUCACCGCCAAACUCCUGUGGGACCAGAAGAAAGUGGAGGACGAGAAGGACGUUCUGAUCGAUGAGAUUGUGGGAACCAAUUGCACUGAGUACGAACAAGCGUUCACCGCCAACACUUGCCGGGAGUACAACGCCACCGUCAUCCAGAGCUUCCACUUCAGCAACACCACGUCCCUGAAGCUCGGCUUCUCCUUCCAGGUCACCGUGGGAGGUGCCAACGUCUUGGCGGUGGAGAAAGGGAAGCACGAGUCGACCACCACCAGCGAGAAGGUGGAGGUUAUGUUGCCUGCCAAGAUCCCUCCUUGCACCCAGCUCACGAUCCACGUGGUCAAGAAGGAGACCACCACCUCGGUGCCGGUGGAGCUGACCAUCUGCCAGAAUGGGAAGGAAAGGAAAGAGCAUGCAGAGUACCGGUGUGUGUCUGGCCGCACCAUCAGCACCAGGUACACCAUGAAGCCUGCCUCAGCAGCGCAGGGGGACGCCUUCACCAAACCUUCUCGUGUGGAAACAAGGGAGCAUUCCCAGGCUCAGCCUGAACCAGGAACAUCUGGGGAGAGAUCCUAAACCCCUGCCUGAAUGAGCUUUUUGGGUGUUGCUCGAGGACCUCAGUGGGGUGGCCACUCCCAUAUCAUACUCUGUGGGUGAACGAGAAAGGCUUAUUUCAAGGGUGUGGGACCUGUGGCCUCCAGGUGUGGCUGGACUCCCAACCCUCAUCCUCCUCAGCUGGCAAAACCAGCAGGCAGGGGAUGAUGGGAGUUGUAGACCUGCAACGUCUGGGUGGCCACAGGUUCUGCGUCCCUGCUAGGCUAUUAUCGCUGGGCACGGUGAUGGUUUCUGGGUUUGUAGGGUUGGUUUAGAGAAGGGUUGAAGAUAGCAUUGCAUGGGAGUAAGCUACUGUGGUAGUUCAGAGGGCAACUUCCACGUUGAAAAACACAUGAGGU